CAGGAGAGCGCACCGCUGUACAUGAACCUCUCCCGGAGACGCACUCUGGCUACAAAGACUUUACGGAUUACACUGGUUUGUUUCCACCUCUCAACGGCAACAAAGCGACCAGAGGCGACACCAUGGAUUUUCUCAACCACAACUACUUGAACGCGCGCAGCCCCUACGACUACACCUUCAAUUUCUGGAACGACUAUCUCGGGCUGACGACGCUGGUGACGAAGAACAACAAGCUCAGCAUGCCCCAGAACCCCAACUCCAUCACCGAGUCCCUGAAGGCGACCCUGGGCUUGGACGACUCCCCGCCGUGCCCGUGCGUAAUCGCGGGCGGCGUUGGGGACGGCGGGCACCUGGAAUGCUGCUGCCCGUCCGGGAGCCCGCCGCCGACCUCCAUCCUGGACCUGAAGGAGCGCUUCUCGAUCCUCAGUCCCUUCCAGAGCCAGCUCGGCGGGCAGCUGCCGGAGAGGGAGGUGGGCUUCGGGGGCAGCUUCGCCGGGUUCGACCUGUUCGGCGUGGAGAGGAAGAUGCGCAAACCCGCGCCCAGGGGCAAGCAGGAGCCCAAAAUCUGCGUCUUCUGCCGAAAUAACGGAGCACCAGAGGAGGUGUACGGCUCCCACGUCCUGAAGACCCCGGACGGCAGGGUCGUGUGCCCGAUCCUGAGGGCUUACACCUGCCCCCUGUGCAGUGCCAACGGGGACAAUGCCCACACGAUAAAAUACUGUCCACUGUCCAAAGACCAGCCAUCCCAGCGACCAUUAAAGGGGGGUAGGGCAGUGGGUGGUAAGAGGAUGAAAAUAUUCUAAACAAGACAAGACUAUAAAAAGUAAAUUUAAUUGCACUGAACAAUUUUCCAGAUGACUGUUUUUAAUUUCGGCUCUAGCCUUUAUCCCAGUUUCACAAACAUAUUGAUUUUAUCCUUUGAUUUCUCUAAGAUCUCUUAUAUUUUUAUAGUUCAUUUAUCCACAUAGAAUAAUUUGAUGCUUUAUACAUUGGAUUUUAUUUUUUCUUUCUAUAGUUUGUAGUCAUUUUGAGCGUGUGCAUAUAAAUACACCUACGUAUCAAUAAUCACAAAGUGUGAAUACAUUUUAAAAAAGAAAGUAUUUUGGUCAUGUAGGGAAACACACUGACAUUGGCAAAGGGGAUGAAUGUCAUAUUUCUACCAAGUAUUUUUGUACGGUUGAGCUAAGCUCGCUGCGAUUUUUUCCUUUUCUCGUCUUAGAAAACCAAAGUUGCGUUUGCCAUUAAAGAAGCUGAAGAAUGUGUCAUUAGUGAGAACUUGUGUGCGUCUGACCGGAGCUGUAGAGGAGGAGGUGCAGGAGGAGGUGCAGGAGGAGGCUCUCUGGUCCCAUCUGCCUGCCCAGAAAAAACUCCACAACAUAUUUUCCAACUUGCUUUUUAAAAGUUGACAUUCAAUCCGUGAGGCAGGGGAGACAAGGAGGGUGAAGACAAUGUGGCCUCUGUUUAGGGCUCAUAUCCUCCGGGGACCAUUAUAAUCAGUUGUUGCAAAGCCAAACCCUCUUUUUCCAGUCAUACGUGACGAGGUCGUUUUCUGACUUCACAAGCGGUCAGAGAGGAGAGAUGCUACAUGUUCUUUAUGUUUACAUUCGAGGGCCGAACACACUGGAUCUCCUUUCCUUUUGCUUUUUCACUUUAGAGUCUCAUGGGCAGGUUUGCUCUAUACAAUAUGAAAAUGGAGCGAGUCCCUUUUUCCCCCUGUCACGCUGAAUGUGGGGGGGGAGGUGAGAAAGAACAAAUGAAUGUCAGUAAACAACAACAACAACAACAAAACAAAC